CCCGCCGCGGGUGGGUGACGAGCCGCCGGCGGCGGAGGGGGGGGGGGGGGGCGGGCAGAGGGGGGAGGCGCGCAGCUUCCUCGCCCCGCACCGUCGCUGCCGCCCGGGAGGGUACGGCAGCGGGACGCGCAACGGGGCGGCCGUCCGGCGAGAGGAAGCCCUGAGCCGAGCCCCCGGGUAGGGAAGAAGCGAAAAUGGACAUCUCGCAGCUUCCCAGUGCACGUAUUUUUAUUUGUCAGGAUCUGGGGCUUCUCCUGAUCCUGAUGGAAGUGGUGCUGUCAGCCGUCAAAGUGGAUGCUGGUGGAAAGACUUACACGGGACCAUGUGGAGGAAGAGACUGCAGUGGAGGAUGUCAGUGUUUCCCUGAAAAAGGAAGCCGUGGCCAGCCAGGGCUCCUUGGAUCACAGGGGUUCACUGGGCCACCAGGAUUGAUGGGGAUCCCAGGAGUGCAAGGUCCCAAGGGUCACAAAGGUGAAAGAGGAUAUCCAGGAAUAAGUGGACCCAAAGGAGAAAUGGGGCAAAGAGGAGUCACAGGAUUCCCUGGGGCAGACGGCAUUCCUGGUCAUCCAGGGCAGCCAGGAUCAAGGGGGAAACCGGGUCAUGAUGGCUGCAACGGGACAGUAGGUGACCCUGGUGAUUCAGGAACUCCUGGACUGUCUGGUUUCCCUGGUACCAUUGGAGUCCAAGGGCCAAAGGGCCAGAAGGGGGAGCCCUAUAUACUGCCACCGGACAUCGCGAGCCGAUACAGGGGGGAACCUGGGGAUCCAGGAUUCAGUGGUUUUCCAGGACCUUCAGGUACACUGGGUAUUCAAGGACCUGUUGGUCCAAGAGGAGAGCGAGGAAGACCAGGACCACCAGGGCCCCCAGGACCACCAGGACCACAAGGCAACAGGGGCCUUGGCUUCUAUGGAGAAAAAGGUGAACAGGGCUCCCCAGGUCCUCCAGGUCCCCCUGGGCUUCCUACAAGAGAACUGACGGGUGUCCCCUCUGACAAACACAAGGGUGAAAGAGGAGAACCUGGACAGAAAGGGGAAGCUGGAAUUCCAGGUGCACUUCUCUAUGUUCCUGAAAAAGGUGAAGAAGGGGUAAUGGGCUUCCCAGGACAAAGGGGACUGCCUGGCAUCAAUGGUUUUCCAGGACUCAGUGGAGAAAGAGGUUUUCCAGGAUUUGAUGGUCCACCAGGUGGCUAUGGUCCUAGGGGAAGCAAGGGGGAGCCAGGCGAGGUCGGUCUUCCAGGACCAGUUUCCUAUAUUCCUUCCCACAUCCCAAGGAAAGGUGCAAGAGGUGAUCCAGGCUUUCCAGGUGUUUCUGGACUACAGGGAGACCCAGGAGAGGAGGGAGAUCGUGGGCUGCCUGGUCUUCCUGGAUUCUCUGAUGUGGAUGGGGAUAAGCCAGGCUUACCUGGAGAAAUGGGACCAAAAGGCGAAAAAGGUGAAUUAGGAUCUCCCGCUUAUCAGGCAGGCCCACCUGGGUUUCCGGGUAAGCACGGCACACCAGGACUCCGUGGUCCACCUGGUCCCGCUGGAUCCCCUGGUUCUCUCUUUGGAUUAAAAGGACAGGAGGGGACACCAGGUAGACUUGGCAUACAAGGUUUCCCUGGGCCAAGAGGACAAAAAGGACCUAAAGGUGAAGAAGGGGAUUGCAGUAAAUGCCUUGUGGGUGAUGAAAUCAGAAGGGGCUCUACUGGCCACCCUGGCCCUCCUGGCUUUCCAGGAACCCCUGGCCAGCCUGGGAGGAAAGGAGAACCUGGUGAUCAAGGACCACAUGGUAUUCCUGGCUACCCUGGAGCAAAAGGAUUUUCAGGUCCAGAUGGAUUUCCUGGACCAAAAGGAGAAAAGGGAGAUUCCUUAUACAUAACUACUAAAGGCACCAAAGGAAUCCGAGGAGAUCCCGGGCUGCCUGGUAUCAGAGGAGAAGAUGGUUUCCCAGGCAGAGAUGGAUUAGAUGGUUUACCAGGACAGCCUGGCCUUCCAGGUGAUGGUAUCAGAGGUUUCCCUGGCGAUCCUGGUUAUCCAGGUGAAUUAGGCCCAAAGGGCUUUCCAGGAGAAGCAGGCCUGCCAGGUGAAGGAUUUCCUGGUCCAAAAGGGUACCGGGGUCCUCCAGGUGACCAUGGACAAGAUGGAAACCCAGGACCUCCAGGUCUGCCUGGUCUGCCAGGAGAGCCUGGCCAACUAGACUGUGGGCAGGUCAUUGAAGACUUUUCUAGAGGAGAUGGAACUGAGCCAAUAUGGUCAGGUGCAGGCUGUGUGAGGCCACCAAAGGGAUCCCAGGGCAAGCCAGGACUGCCAGGAGCCACAGGUGCAAAAGGUGCAAAAGGAUUCCCAGGUGAUCCAGGUCCAGUGGGAUACCUAGGGUUUAAUGGUACACGAGGUGAUCCAGGUCGGGAAGGAUUCCCAGGUCCUCCAGGUUUUAUGGGGCCCAGAGGAGACAGGGGCCUGAAUGGUCUACCUGGACUGCAGGGACACCCAGGCCUUACAGGAAAAUCCGGUGCUCCGGGAGCAGCAGGACUGAAGGGCUUUCCUGGCGAAGUUUUAGGAGCAGCAGCAGGUUCCCGAGGGGAUGUCGGGCUCCCCGGCUUCCCGGGGUUGAAAGGCACACCAGGAGAUCAAGGAGUACCGGGAAUUAGAGGAGCGGAUGGUAACCCAGGUUUGCCAGGACCCAAAGGAGAUCCAGGACCACAAGGUCUCCCUGGUUUGAUGGGAUUGCCGGGAAUACCAGGAAUGCGUGGAUUCCCAGGGCUGCCAGGAAACCCUGGGCCAGGUGGCAGGCCUGGCUCUCAAGGACCUGAUGGUCCACCUGGUGCUAGGGGAGAAGAUGGUGAGCAAGGGUUUCCUGGCCCCGUGGGCCUGAAAGGUCUGUCCGGUGACAAAGGUGAAACAGGUCACCCAGGAUUGCAAGGUAUACCUGGUGUGAUGGGUCCCCCUGGCAUAAGUGGAAUGGAUGGCUUUCCAGGAGAUAAAGGUUCAAGAGGUUCACCUGGCAUUGAUGGUUUCAAAGGCAUGACAGGCCUAAAAGGAAGACCAGGCAUCAGGGGAAUCAAAGGAGAAUUUGGCUCGUUGGGCGCUCAGGGCGAUAAAGGCUCGCAGGGCGCACGUGGCUUUAAAGGUGACCGUGGGGAACAAGGGCCCCCGGGAGAACCCCCAAAGCUCAAGCCCAGCAUGAUGAUGGAAGUUAAAGGUGAAAAAGGAGAUGUUGGAGAAACGGGCACGAAAGGAUUCUUUGGCUUAAAAGGUAGCAAGGGAAUGCCAGGCAUCCCCGGAAAGACAGGAACUCCAGGCUCCCCUGGGCAUCCCAGCUACGUGGCUGGUGUGAAAGGGGACAUUGGCACGAAAGGGCUGACGGGUCUGAAAGGGUAUCCUGGUCCAGCUGGCUCUCCUGGCAUCAGAGGCUUCCCUGGCAGCACAGGAGGCAGGGGAGAAAAGGGUAUUCCAGGAACUUCAGGCCAUUUGGGUACUCCCGGCUCGCAUGGUGAAAUAGGUGAGCGGGGAGAUACUAUAAACUUACCAGGAAUGCCAGGCCUUAAAGGGGAACUUGGUGUGCCAGGCUUAACAGGCACAAGAGGAGGCAUAGGACAAAAAGGCGAAGGCGGUGAUCCUGGUUUCCCUGGCAUUGAAGGCCUCAAGGGCACACAGGGUGUCCCUGGCUCUGUGGGACAGAAAGGUUUGCCGGGACUGGUCGGCCCCCCAGGGCAGCAAGGAAGCCCCGGGACUCCUGGAUUUCAAGGUGAAAAGGGAACUCGCGGCUGGGCUGGCUUACCAGGACAAGCAGGCUUGCCUGGCUUAAGAGGAAUCAAUGGACUGCAUGGUUUACCGGGGACUAAGGGCUUACCAGGAUCACCAGGUCCAGAUGGCUACGGCUCUGCAGGUUUCCCAGGUGCAGUGGGUGACAAAGGGGAAGCGGGAGAGCCGAGCAGAGUGGAAGGCAGCCGAGGACCUCCGGGUCAGAAGGGAGACAGAGGUGUUCCAGGAGUCCAAGGACCCUUUGGCAUUCCUGGGCAGGAAGGAUUUCCAGGGCCUCCUGGGAUUUCAAACAUAUCAGGAUAUCCUGGUGAUAUAGGCUCCCCAGGUCUAGAUGGAGUGCCAGGCUAUCCAGGACUACAGGGGCAGCCUGGAAUACCAGCUCUACCAGGAAGCAAAGGAGAAAGUGGACAAACAGGUGUGAGUGGACCAAUUGGCCCAAAAGGAAGCAGAGGUGAUCCUGGAUCAGCAGGGAGACCUGGCGUUCCCGGGUACCCUGGACCAAAAGGUCGCAAGGGUGAACAAGGUGUCAUCGGCUUUAUGGGUGCCAUAGGAUUUCCAGGUGAUUUGGGACCCAUCGGACCCAAGGGGGAUAGAGGAGUAACUGGCUUUCAGGGCCCUCCAGGCUCUCCUGGGCUGUCCCCUCUUCCUCCAAGGCUGGUUGCUGAGCCAGGUUCACCAGGUCCUCGUGGAAAUAUAGGACCUCAAGGAAGCCCAGGAGAUAUGGGACUUCAGGGUCCACCAGGCGAUCCAGGUUUCAGAGGCUCACCUGGAGAGCCAGGACUCCAGGGCAGGGGUGGCAUUCCAGCUCCUCCUGGCUCCAGAGGUGAACAAGGAGCAACAGGGUUUCAGGGUCCGGUGGGAUUUGAAGGUCAGCCAGGCCGCCCCGGUAGCCCCGGGCUGCCAGGCAUGCCGGGUCGCAGUGUUAGCAUGGGCUACCUGCUGGUGAAGCACAGCCAGUCCGAUCAAGAGCCAACGUGCCCAGUUGGCAUGAACAAACUCUGGAGCGGAUACAGCCUACUGUACUUCGAAGGACAAGAGAAAGCACACAACCAGGAUCUAGGGCUGGCCGGCUCAUGUUUGGCUCGUUUUAGUACUAUGCCGUUCCUCUACUGUAAUCCUGGGGAUAUUUGUUACUAUGCAAAUCGAAAUGAUAAAUCCUACUGGCUCUCAACUACAGCACCUCUUCCAAUGAUGCCUGUGGCAGAAGAAGACAUUAGGCCAUAUAUCAGUCGCUGCUCAGUUUGUGAGGCCCCAGCUGUGGCAAUUGCUGUCCAUAGCCAAGAAGCUUCUAUUCCUCACUGCCCUGAAGGCUGGCGCAGUUUGUGGAUCGGAUAUUCCUUCCUUAUGCACACUGCUGCUGGUGAUGAAGGUGGAGGACAGUCGCUGGUUUCUCCUGGGAGCUGUCUGGAAGAUUUCAGAGCGACUCCUUUCAUCGAAUGCAACGGCGCACGCGGAACCUGUCACUACUUUGCAAAUAAAUACAGCUUCUGGCUCACUACGGUCGACCAGUCCUUCCAAAGCAAGCCCUCAGCAGAUACGCUCAAGGCAGGACUCAUCCGAAGCCAUAUCAGCAGAUGUCAAGUCUGUAUGAAAAAUUUAUAGAAGUCUUUCACAGUAUAAGGAACCUGCUUGUCAUGUAGUUCUUAUACAGUGAAACCUUCCACGAUAGCUAGACAUUUGAAUAAAUCAUGUUGGUGCUUUUUUAACUUAUUACCUCAAAAGCUGAAUGGAAAAUUAAUUUUUAAAAGUGUCUGUAAAAGCAAAUUAAGUGUAACACAAAUUAAGUCUAACAAACAGAUCUAGUGUUGUGUUCUCCUACUAUACAGUAUAUAUACAUUUUUUGCUAGUCUAACAUUAUAUCAUUUGCCAAAUGAUAUAAAUACUCUCAGCUUUGAAACACUGAAAAAAACUUCAAUAAUAAAUGGUUACCUUGGUCAGAUACUCACUACAUUUACUUUAAGAGAAUAUAUGUAUCUUUUCUAUUUACUGUAUUUGUCACAACAGUAAACACUUAACAGCUUCAGUUCCCUAAAUUAACACGGGGUGAUCAAAGUGUUAAACCAUUGCAAAAUACUGAAAAUACACUCUGGAAAAUCCAGAGUCCAGCAUUGAAACCUAACUUUGAUUUUAGUAUUUUAUGUUUGGGCAUUUCAAAAUCACCCAAAACAUUCAUCUUUAUAUUGUACUUGGUUUUUUUCAAGCCUCACCAUGCUUCAGCAGUUAACCACUGGCAAUAGCGGAAAAACCCACAGGCCUCCCAAAAAUAGUGACCACAAAAUGCAACUCUUCCUAUUUUGAUUAGGAGACUAUGUGAUGAAGAUCAGCAUUUUAUUUGACAAGCUUGAUAGGUUUUUUUCCUAGACAUACCCCAGGCCAAAGGAGCAUUACAAAGGUCUCUUGCUCCACAACGUUGUGGACAUUCUUUUGUGUCACACUACGCACACAGCAGCAGUACCGAGUAGUUUAGUAGUUUUUGCAUUGCAGCUUUUCCCCUCUGAAACCAAGCCACUCAUCACAAACAGAUUUUAACCCCGUGCUGUUGGAGCAGUCGCACGUAGGGUAGGUUUUACAGGAGUGUGUAUUGCUCGGUGCCACCUGACCUCCACAGAACUUCCAGACCUGGCAGUUGUCAGUCUGAAGGCACGGUGUCCCGGACACAUGGCAAUGGGAUGACUACUUGCACACAGCCAUCCUUGCAAAAGCAAAGGGAAAGGAAGCAAGGCAUUUAUUUGGCACCAUCUUUUCCCAGAGAGAACCAGGUUACUGCAUGCCAGGCUUGAUAAAUGGCCAGAACGGCUAGCUCUUUCCUUCCACAGAAGGAAGCAAUUUAGUCCAAAGUUGUCUGUCACCACUGCAAGGGGGGGUGGGGGGGAAGGAUCAGCUGCAAAUUUCGUAUUCGCAUAGUCUGAUUAUACACCUGAAUGCUUAAAACUGAAAUAAAAGAGACUUUUAUAGCAAUGGCAGUUGAUUUCUCAACAUUUCACCUCACUCCUGCUUCAGGUGCUUCUUGGCUUUUGUAAUUACAUUCCAUCCUCACUGUAUCAUAAAUAAAACCUGUUUUUUUCUACACCUCUAUUUGUUGAUGAUUUCCAGUUAGUAAACAGUGUUUUUCUAUACAAUGCA